UAUGUUCAGUCAUCUGCUAGAGCUCAGCAUGUGAACACGUGUGAAGUCACCUCUCGCUGCAAUGACGUUUUUAGGCGCAUCUCUGAAUUUCCAGCAUUACGUUCUACUGUUUCUGGUGCUGAUAUGCCUCUGCGUGGCGCCCGGACGUUUUGCCCAAGAAGCGACGUGCUGUUCCAGAGCCACGGGAUCCUGUCGAAGCGCCUGCGAACAGAUGUCACUAGUUGCUAUUGCUGCAGAUAACAGCGUCCGCGAGAAGAGACUUCAGAAUGUUCAAAAUUUUUGCUCGUCUCAGUUGGUAUCUUUCUGGCAGUGCAUGAACGAGACACUGGAGGAGAUCAGUAAAGGUGAGGGCUGGUCGGGGCGGGCAUGUUGCCCUCUGCCCCAGUCCGAGAAAUGUCAGCACGCAUGCGUUACCGCGGCCAGGAGGCAAGAUUUGGUUCAGAGUUGCCGUCAGAGCGACGAACUCGCGUUCUUCACUUGCCUCGACAGACAAGAGAUUGGCGAAGAGUGUUGUGGGAAUGCAAAGACAACUGAGUGCCACCAAGCCUGCAGAGCCAUCUUCAGGUCUCAGCUGACACCAAGUCGAGAGGCCCGCAGUUCUGUGAUCGAAUCCUGUAGUGACCAGAGCCCCAAAGUUCUGCAGUGUGUCAAAAACUUCACUCGUGUCACUCCAACCACUAACCCACACAAGUAUCUACACUGCUGUGACAAGGCAGGCAAAAAACAGUGCAGGGACUCGUGUCGCCGGAUCCUUCGCAUCAAGACCACAGGACAGGAAAUUGUUGACAGCUUGCAGGAAGGAGGUUGUGGCCCACCAUUGCCUCAUGAUGUAUUGUGGCAGUGCUUUCUUCAGAGCUCAGAGUCAGCUGCAGGUCCAACAACAGUUGAAGUAUCACGAAUUGAUCGCAUGGGCAUGGACUCUGCCAAACUGCACUGUUGCUCUAAGGCAGAGAGUCCCACCUGCAGGCGGCUGUGUCUGAAGACAUUCUCUAAUGAAUGGACUAGAUCAUGGGACGAGUUUGAUCGAGAGUGUUUGUCAGAGCUUUCUGAAGACAGUCUUUUUCACUGCAUUGAUGAAGUUGAGGAACCAUGUGAACUGGGUUGUGAAGGUCUGAGUUACUGCACCAAUUUCAACAACCGACCCACAGACCUCUUCCGCAGCUGCACCCUUCAGGCUGAUGAUGCUGCCAGGUAUGACGUUGCGCUGUGGCAGCAACAGGGGUACCUGGGGCUUCCUGGCCUGCAGUUGCCUGUUCGGAAUAUCUCGCGGUGCUCGCCCAACAUGUGGAAGGCAGUUGCAUGUGCCCUGCAGAUCAAACCUUGCCAUAGACACACUCAUGCUAAUAGAAUCUGCAGAGAGGAUUGCUAUGAGUUGCUGAGCCAGUGUAUGGACUGGUCACGUAUGCCCACAGGCCACAAUGCGGCAUCUCUUUGUUCCCGGCUUUCUCCAGAGAAUCCUGAUACCCCAUGCAUCUCGCUUCGACCGUUUCUUGAGCCUAGUGACAACCCAUAUUUGCAACCACAAGAUGAGGUCACAUCACCCUGCAAGGGUGAUCCUUGCAACAACAGCGAGGUGUGUUCUGUCAACAGGAAUUGUGCUACUGGUCGACCUUGCCUGCCCUACCAGUGCUCACCAGGCUGCAAGCUCGGUGAGGUGUCUCAGUAUCUCGUCCCUCAGGGUUCCUAUGUGCGCAUCCCCCUUGCAGCAGGACAGAAGGGUUGCCUCAAGAUAUGCCAGUGUUCACCACAAGGAGUAGUUGAGCGCUGCCAGCUCAUGCCUUGCUACCCUCUGGACUCUUGUUGGCUUGGCAAUCGUAAAAUUGAGCACAGCAUGUGGUUCUACAUGGACUGCAACAUAUGCAGUUGUUAUGCUGGUGAGAUCACUUGCAGGAAGAAACAAUGUGAAGUGACAUCCCUUGGAGGACUGGACCCUGCAUACACCAGCUUACCUUGCAAUUGCCCCCCACACCAUGUUCCAGUUUGUGGGCGCAAUGGUGACACAUAUCCCAGCUCAUGUCUGGCCCGAUGUGCUGGCCUGAAGGACGCAGAUUUCGAGUUUGGAAGUUGCUCUGAGAAGGAUCCUUGUGAUCCUAACCCUUGCAGUGAUGACAAGCAAUGUAUUCCUGCCAGGAAAGUGUGUCUGUCCUUGUUGCAUAAGCCAUGCCCACAGUUUCAGUGUGUGGAUGUUACUGCACCCUGCACAAACAUGCCUCAUGAUCCUGUGUGUGAUACUGAUGGUCAGGAGCACCCCAACGUAUGCUAUUUGAUUCGCUAUCGGAAGGCGCUUGCUUAUACAGGACCCUGUCUUGUGAACUGUGAAAAUGAUGGGCCAGUAUGUGGUAUUGAUGGUGAGACCUACCUCUCUGAGUGUGGUGCUCAUGCCAAUCUAGUGAGUGUUGAUUAUCGAGGUCCAUGCAUUGCUGUUGGUUUAAUAGGAGAUCAAGCAAAACUGCAGUGUAGUGACAGUACUGUGAAGUGCCUUCCUCUGGCCCGUCUGGGGUGUAUGGGCAUUACCCCGCCUGGGGCAUGUUGUCCUGUAUGUGGAGGUUCUUUGCGUUUACUCUACAGCCAGAAGCAGGUGGACCGUGCAUUAUAUGCUCUGCGAGGGAAUGCUGUAAGUGCUCUGACUGUAAAGGCAGUGCUGCAGUCCCUUGAGCGUCAAGUUCAGGUGGCAGAGUGUGCAGUUCGUGGUUACCUCACUGUCGAGAUGGAUCUAUUUGUGUUGGUGCAGGCCGUAGGAAGGAAUCCGCCCUCAGAACUGCAACUGGAGGCAUGUGAACGUGAAGCAGAGAAGCUUGCAAACUUAGUGCAGGGUGCAAGUCCACGUGUCCUUAGCGAACUUAGUCUGAGUUCUCUGACAACAGCAACAAUUGUGCACAUUCCAGUACGCAGUUCUGUAGUAAAUGUGUUACCAUUACACUGGGUCUUUGGUGUGGUACUAGUCUGCCUCAUAUUUAUCUUCUCAUAGCCACUCACAAGUGUCUAUUGGGACCUAAAAAGUAGGGAAACAUUCCAGUGAUGCUCAAGUGCACACCUGAGUAAGAGAGUUGAAUGCUCAAAUCUUAGUCUCACAUUUCUAAUUAUAUCACUGCUGAAACCAACAAAUGUAUUCCCAACUGAUUUAUAUGUACAGUCAGUGCUUCUACAUUAGGUUGCAUACCAUUGUAAUAUAUUUCACUUUGUUCAAACUUAGCUAUCAAAUUACAAUAAUUACCUGUGUUAUACUUAGUAAAACCCAACAUGUUAUAGGGCCUCUGAUGAUGACUUGAGAGUUAUCUGUAGGGACCCUAUAGGGGUUGAAACAUGUCAGACUUUUAAUGAGUGCAAUACUAGUAAAUGCUGUAAUUUUAUGGUUAUGUUUGAACAAAGUACAGUCAGUGUUCCUUACACAGCAUAACUUUUCAUUGUAAGAGAAUACAUACAGUUGACUAAUUUGUACAAAAACUGUGAUGUGCGAGGGGGGAAAGAGCAGCAGAACAUCAACACACAUUGUGCCUGGGCCUUUACAAGUUUUCACUGCCUCAAAUUUCAAUCCACUUUUCUAUAUAAAUCUGUAACAGGUUUUGCUGUAUAAGGAAUGGAAAUAAACAGUGCCACUGUAAAAAUUUCUAAUUGUUACUGCGGAACAGUAGCAGAAUUGCAGUUUUUGUUGUAAACAUUUACAUUUUAUGGCCAGUAAAUUGUUGAAAAUUAUAGUUGAUAAUAAUGAGCUCCUAGAUAAUGAGAAGAAAGAAAGAAAGAACACAAGUUGAGUGUUCAGUGCACUGUGAUAUACUUCUGAGAGCAAGGAAGUGAUAAUGACAUCAAUACCAAAGAUGUACAUACAUAAGUAAUCAAGGACUGUAUAAAGUGUAUAUUGACAAUAUGUCUGUGUGUGUGUGGGUGUAUGCGCGCAUGUUAGAUGGGUAUCCUGUACAUUAAUGAUGCAGAUCUUGAGAUCUUGUGAGACUAUGAUGCAUAUAAUGUUUUUAUUUAAUAUUUGUCUUUGCUAGUCUUGUGCCAGGAUUUGAAUCAUGUGUGCUUAUGUUUCAACCUGGUAUAGUCAACUGUUUAACACACAUUACUAAGCGAGUUUGUUAGUAAUACCAAAACCAGGGAGUUUACUCAAAACUAAUGUUUUUUAUGUUAUUAAAUACAUUGCAUAUAUGGAGGUAAUUUAAGAGGUUGCAUUAAGAACAUAUUGAAGUACCAUCUUUAUCUAAAUGUCAUACUUUUUUCCUGAAAAUGUUGUAUUAAAAAUCCCUGUUUGCAUUUAUAGGGUCAGUUGUAUCUGGAAUGUUGACCUUUGCCAGGAAAUCAAGGUGUUAUGUCAGUGGAAGGUUUCACAACAUUGCAAACUUCAAUUUGUAUGUAAAAGAAUAGGAAUAAUUUUCUUACUGCAGGGAUACUGUUGCCAAGAUGCAACAUCACUAUAUCUGAGUACACAGUGCAUUAUAUACUUUUCUUCACUGCUCAAUAAAUUAACGUAACUGUUACAUUCAGAUGGUGGUAUCACCUGAAUUGUAUGGCACACAUCAAACCAUGCUUUUAUUCACAAAAUCUUCAUUAUAUUUCUGUUAAUUUUUGUUUAUACAGCACCAUGGCACUUAAAUUUGCAAGUGAAUGGCAUUUGCUGUAUUUUUUAAAAUAAGGGAACAGCAUCUAUAAAAUGUUAAAAUUUGAACAUGUAUGAUGUUAUGCACAAAUUUAAUAUAGCCAGAGCAGAUAACAGCUGGAUCACAAGAUUUAAACAUCGGUCAACACCAGUGAGCAAUUGAGUCUAAUUGUUUCUUUUAAGAAUGUGAAUUGUCAGUACAUUUAACAUGUUUCACAUUGAAGGUAAGACAGCAUGGAUAUUUUAAUAAUAUGCAGAAUGUUUCAUAUUACUAAUGAUCAGCUCACAUAAAAAACAUCCAAGGAUAGUGCAUAAAUAUCUAUUUGGUGAUCAGUUCAUAAAUGAUUCAGAUAUUUCUUUCUUAAUUAGUAAAAUACAGACAUCCCUUAUGCAAGUGCUAGUUGUUUGAUAGUAAGAUGGUAAUCUGACCCCUUUAAAGUUCAGUGGUAGCACUUUAACUAUCACUAACUCUGCAUUUCAUAAUUAUGCAUUUUGUAUGGUUCUUGCUCUAAACAUCAGUUAUUUCCAUAAACAGUAUUAACCAGUUGAUCUUUGCAAUGGUGAAGUGUUUGUUUUCUUUAUGGUAUGGACAGAAUUCUUAAAUAUUAAUGAAAUAUGCUUUGGGGUUAUAUCGUGGUGCUACAUUUACAGUUCAAAUCAUGUAGGAAAACUGAAAGACUGACCAUGUCAACCAGAUACAACUGAAAAUACAAACUUGCAUGACUGUCUAUAAGCUGUUGAUGGAAUGAUGUCCAUCACAAACUUAGUUACCAAGAUGAUAUUAAUUGGGCUGGAUUCUGGACAGCUUUACAUUAUCUGUUUGACAAUGAAAGCUUCUAUGUUUUCUGCUUUUAUGUCCUACACUUACAGUAAUGAGCCCACCAUUUGAUUCAGUACACAAACUUUGACUGAAUUUAAUAAGAAAUGUGUGUGUUACAAUUUCUGAUCCACAGUGGACUUCAGAAUCCCUUUCUUUGUUAGAUAUUUGGAUUGAACUAUUGGUGUAACCUGCAGUGUAAUAAACGUGAGCUCAGUAUCACACCAUGAAAAUUAGAGGUUAAUAAGUUUGUAACUGAGCAAUAUCACUAUGAUAACUUCUGUAUUGCAUUUUAUAAUCAUAUGAACAGUACAAUAUUUGUAAAUAUCACUUAAACACCUUGUACAAUAGAAAAAAGUUUAUUUUCUGUGAAUCUUUGUGCCAAUUUUUUUUAUACCAUCUUUGUUCUGUUAGAUUGGAUUCUUCUAAAAUCAGGUUUAAAACUAUGAACCUAACAUAUAUGCACAGCUAUAAGAAUUUUACAAUAUGUUUUUUCUUUCAGUUAGUGUCUUCCACAGAAAUGGACUGUUUACUAAUGUUUUGUUGUAUACUUGAUUAAAUUGGGAGAUUCUACACUGAGUGUAUUCAAUAAUCUGUGAGAAGAAAUUACUGUGCCAAAUGAGAAACUUUGGUAUUCUCAUACAUUUAACAGUGUGUAUGAAUAUUUGUAUAUGGUGCUUGUAAUAAAUGUUGACUUGUCUCAAGAUCACAGUUUUCCAAAGAAGGUGAUGUGUCUAUAAUUUUUAACAUAUUUUACAUGCUGUCCUGCAGUAUUUUAUAGUAAUAACUCAGUGAUGAAAUAUCCAAGAAGUUUUGAACUUGCUGUUUCUCAUGAAAAUUAAAUUAUGUAAAAAUUACACAAGGCUUCAAGACUAAAUAAAUUUGAAAAUGUA